UCAAAGCAAAUGACAUAUAUGAGGAUCCGGGAAGAGAAGGGACAAGAUGCGAGCUCCAAUCAAACAGUGAACGAGAACCCGGUUCUCUCUGCUAAUCUCUCCGGCCUGGUUUUCGGGGCGGACCUUCUGUAAGUCUCUUGGCUUCUGAUCAGAUUGUGGAAGACGAAAGAGAUAGGAGGAGGAGAUGGACUGCUCAAUAUGCAGCUCAUACCCGGUGAUCAUAAGGCCGCCGAGGAACACAAUCUGCGGGAGUUGCUCGGAAGGGAUCAAGACCGCGUUUAGCUUGAUGGGCUCUUUCGAAGGCGGCGAUGAUCAUGAAGCGGAGACGGCCGGAUUGGAGAGCAACCACCGCAAUCCCAAGUCUAUGGUCUCUCCCACCACCAAAAGCAAGGGACUAGCAGAUCUUAUUGAAUGGAUGAAGCGCACAAAGAAGGUGGAGGAUGAACUCUCCCAGAAGAUCUCUUUCUUGGCCGGCUCUCUCGUUUCUGCUUUCCAAGAACAAAUUCACACUGACCUCAAGAUUAAGCCUUCCAAUGGUCCUCCAAUUUCUGCUCAUAGAGCCAUCUUGGCAGCUAGAUCACAAAUCUUCAAGAACAUGCUGGACUCGGACUCGUGCAAGUCCUCGCCGAGCGACACCGUGACCAUCCCCGAGCUGACCCACGAAGAGCUUGAAUCGCUCCUGGAGUUCCUCUACAGAGGUAGCCUCGCCCCCGAAAAGAUGGACAAGCACAUCUACUCGUUGAUGCUCGCGAGCCACAAGUACGAGAUCCCGUACCUGCAAGAGUCUUGCCAACGGCGCAUGCUCGAGAACCUGAACGCUUCCAACGCGCUUGUCAUCCUGGAGAUCUUGGACGUUUGCUCCCACCAGAAGUUGAAGGACAUCGCUUUGGGCUUCGUUGUCAAGAACAUCGAUGACAUAGCUUUCUCAGCGAAGUACGAGGCCUUUUGCUCCAAGAACCCGCAUUUGAGUGUACAGAUCACGAGGGCAUCUUUGAUUGAUGCAAGGGAUAGGAGGAGAACUUGAGAUCAUUGUUGAAUCAAAUCUAGUUGGAUGGAAUUGUAUUUGUCCAUAUGCUAAUCUUUCUGUGAUUUUGUACAGUGAUUUAUUCGCACAUAGAGUGAAUUGCGCGUGUAAAACAUGAAGAUCGCCCCAUGUUAACAGGCACAUAGCAUAACGGAGUGUGCUAAUGGAAAGACCUUCGGAAAAUCAAGCAAGUUAAACUCCACAAUUAAAUCAAGAGAAGUUUGUUCAUUGAAUUUAGGAAACCGCACA